AUGCACCCUCGGAUGGCGAAACAGUCCGGCUCCACCAUUUACUCCCCACUCUCUAUGGAGGACGGGCCAGAGCAGGAUGAGGCCAAGGCAGAUUUCGAGGCGCCAAUUGCUCACCGCUCUCGUCCAUCGCCGUCACGCCGUGUUUUGCUCUGCCUCCUCGCCUUCGAAACACUGGUCAUUGUCUACCUUAUCUUCCGCCCUCACACAAAGACCAGCCAUUCUUGGCCCUCGCUCGUUUACUCGCCAGCCCAGGAUGCUGUCGAAUAUGGUCUCACAUCCUACGCCAUUGGCGGAGACCCAAAGUUCCAUAUCCAGCCAUCGCCUGAACUUGAUGCUAAUUGGGACGACCUCUACAACUUCGGAAUCUCACAGAUACCGAAGAGUGAGGCGCGCCUGCUGCCGAACAAGACGUAUCCUAUUCCUGGUGACGAAUCCAACUAUAUCGUCGAGCUCGAUGUGUUCCACAACCUGCAUUGCCUGAAUAUGAUCCGACAAGGACUGCAUGUCGGCAUGUCGAUUUGCUGCCGACGAAUCGAGGCUGAUCUGCCUCAACAGAAUAUUACAAGCCCAUGGAGCUCGAUCACCUUGAUCACUGCAUUGAUUGGAUUCGACAGGCGCUGA